AUGGUACCCACGAACCUCCAGAAAACGUGCGCCUCCAUCACGGCGGAGCGACAGCUGCGUCCACGGGGAGAGCGAGGCGACGGAUCCCGGUCGUCCUUUCCCCGCCGCCCCUCAGAGCCUUUCCCUUUCCCGGCAGGUUGUUACAAGAUCACAACGGUGUUUAGCCACGCUCAGACCGUCGUUUUGUGCGUGGGCUGCUCGACCGUGCUGUGCCAGCCCACGGGGGGCAAGGCGAGGCUGACAGAAGGCUGCUCCUUCAGACGAAAGCAGCAUUAAGCGAAGGGAACGCGGGGGAUGGAUGGGACUACUCGCACAGCCGGCCGCCCGGAGCGCGGGGCUGCCGCCGCAGAGCUGCCCCUCCAGGCCUGACCCGAGCGGGUGUCCACUGCCAAUGUGACUUUCGUACUGUCCCUGUAGCCCUACCCACCGUGCCGACAAUAAAUUUUGGAUAAAAUGCGUACAAAU